GAUUUUCCAUGGUUAUGGCUCUAAUAUUAUUAAUGGCAAUUGCCAUACUGCUCGCCUUCUAUUGUAAUUUGGAUUUGCGGAAAUUUUCCGAAUGCUAUAUAAAACCGCUGCUGCUCAACAAGGAUCAAUUGAAUAAAUAUGCAAAUGAUUCGGAGGCCUCGAUAACCACAGAGACAGAUUAUUAUCACGCAAAAGAAAUACGGCCCAAAGGGGUGUUUGAUAUACCAGGACCAAAACCACUGCCAUUGCUGGGAACAAAAUGGAUUUUUCUAUUAUUUUUUCGAAAAUAUAAAAUGUCCAAACUGCAUGAGGUGUAUGCUGAUCUAAACCGCAAAUAUGGUGACAUUGUUUUAGAAGUCAUGCCAUCCGGCCUACCCAUUGUCCAUCUCUUCAAUCGUGCCGAUUUGGAAAGAGUCUUGAAAUAUCCCAGCAAAUAUCCCUUUAGACCCCCCACAGAAAUUGUGGUAACUUAUCGCCGCUCCCGUCCCGAACGUUAUGCCAGUGUUGGCAUUGUUAAUGAACAGGGUCCAACAUGGCAAAAACUCCGCUCCUCCCUAACAUCGUUCAUAACAUCGCCGAGAAUAUUGCAAAACUUUUUGCCAGCCCUGAAUUUGGUAUGUGAUGAUUUUAUUGAUCUUUUAAAAGCAAAUAGAGAUCCUCACACCUUUGAGGUUACCAAUUUUGAAGAUAUUGCCAAUCUGAUGGGUCUAGAGGCGGUAUGCACCCUAAUGUUGGGACGUCGCAUGGGAUUUCUAUCCACCAAUACCGAACAGCCGGAGAAGAUAAAACAAUUGGCGGCCGCUGUCAAGCAGCUGUUCAUAUCCCAAAGAGAUUCCUACUAUGGCUUCGGCAUGUGGAAGUAUUUUCCCACGCAGACCUACAGGAAAUUUGCCCACGCCGAGGAAACCAUUUAUGAUGUGAUUUCGGAAAUGGUCGACCAGGCGCUGGAGGAGAACAAUGCUAACUUCAUGCAUCACGAUGACGAUGUUCGCAGUGUAUUUCAACAUAUUUUGGAUCUGAAGGAUUUGGAUAUCAGGGACAAAAAAUCAGCUAUAAUUGAUUUCAUUGCGGCCGGCAUUGAGACGCUCGCCAAUACUUUGUUGUUUGUCCUGAGUUCGGUUACCGGCAAUGAAGAGGUGAUCGCCAAAAUUCUUCAAGAAUUUCAAGACCACCGCCACACAAUAAUUCUGCAGGAUGCUUUCACCAAUGCCACCUACACCAAAGCCUGUAUACAGGAAUCGUAUCGCAUCCGACCGACAGCAUUUUGUUUGGCGCGAAUAUUGGAGGAGGAUAUGCAGUUGUCGGGUUAUGAAUUAAAAGCAGGGACAGUUGUACUCUGCCAAAAUAUGCUCGCCUGUCACAAGGAUAAUAAUUUCCCUGAGGCCAAAACGUUUCAUCCCGAACGAUGGAUCGACAAGGAGGGAAAUUUCAGUGUUAACAUUGAAAGUUCAACAAUUGUGGUACCAUUCGGAAUUGGAAAACGAACCUGUCCGGGUAAACGAUUUGUGGAAAUGGAAAUUGUGUUGCUGUUGGCCAAGCUACUGCUUGCUUUCGAUAUUAAAUUCACAAAACCGUUGGAAACGGAAUUUGAAUUUUUGUUAGCGCCUAAAACGCCACUAAGUUUAAUACUUCGUGAUCGUGUGUUUUAG